UUUUAAUCACCGGGCGAACUUUUCUAGUUUUUAAGCCGUCCCCAAAAUGCGCGAUCCCCAGUCGGAAGAGCGAUUUGUGCGCCGGUGCCGCUCAGCUUAAAUUCGGCCGGGGCUGAAGUUUCGCCCCCAGCUCGGCUUCUCCAUCCCCGGCGUUUUUCCUCCCCUUCCCCGACCGCCUCCAGGUAGGAGCCCUCCCGCACCGCACCGCUCCGCUCAAACAAAGCAUCCGGAGGGUGAUGACGCUCCAGUAGGUUUUCCAGCCCUCGCUUUGCUUUCCCUCCAGGGAAGGUCGUUCCGCACACGAUCCCGCUGAGGAAAGACACUCCGAUGGACUUACACCGGGCCGCCUUCAAGAUGGAGAACUCACCCUACCUCCCCAACCCGCUGGCCUCCCCGGCGCUGAUGGUCCUCGCCUCCACCGCUGAAGCCAGCCGCGACGCCUCCAUCCCGUGCCAACAGCCGCGGCCUUUCGGGGUCCCAGUCUCAGCAGACAAGGACGUGCACAUCCCCUUUACCAAUGGCUCCUACACCUUCGCUUCCAUGUACCACCGGCAAGGCGGUGUGCCGGGCGCCUUCGCCAACCGUGACUUUCCUCCCUCUUUGCUUCACCUGCACCCCCAGUUUGCACCCCCCAACCUGGACUGUACCCCGAUCAGCAUGCUGAAUCACAGCGGGGUCGGGGCCUUCCGCCCCUUCGCCUCCAGUGAGGACCGGGAGAGCUACCAGUCGGCCUUCACGCCGGCCAAGCGCCUGAAGAACUGCCACGACACCGACUCGCCCCACCUGCGCUUCUCGGAUGCCGACGGGAAGGAGUACGAGUUUGGCACCCAGCUCCCCUCCAGCUCCCCUGGCUCGCUCAAAGUUGACGAGACGGGGAAGAAGAUCUUUGCAGUGUCGGGCCUCAUUUCGGACCGGGAGACCUCGUCCAGUCCUGAAGACCGAAGUGACAGAUGCAAAAAGAAAGCGACAUUGUUUGACAGCCAAGCUCCCAUCUGCCCCAUCUGCCAGGUCCUCCUGCGCCCUGGAGAGCUGCAGGAGCACAUGGAGCAGGAGCUGGAGAAGCUCACCCAGCUGAACAUCAGUAAGAACUCCAUCCUGAAGGAUGCUAUGGCAGCAGGCACCCCCAAGUCAAUUUUGUUGUCGGCUUCAAUCAAGCGGGAAGGAGAUUCUCCAACAGCAUCACCCCACUCCUCGGAUGACAUCCAUCACUCAGACAGAUACCAGACCUUCCUGCGGGUGCGAGCGAACCGGCAGACCCGGCUGAACGCUCGGAUUGGAAAAAUGAAACGGAGGAAGCAAGACGAAGGGCAGGUAUGUCCCCUCUGCAACCGACCUCUGUCAGGAUCCGAGGAGGAGAUGAGUAGGCAUGUGGAACAAUGCCUUGCAAAGAGAGAAGGCUCGUGCAUGACUGAGGAUGACUCCGUAGACAUCGAGAACGAGAAUGGCAACCGCUUUGAAGAAUACGAAUGGUGUGGGCAGAAGAGGAUACGGGCCACUACUCUCCUGGAGGGAGGAUUUCGAGGUUCUGGGUUCAUCAUGUGCAGCGGCAAAGAGAAUCCAGACAGCGACGCUGACCUGGAUGUGGAUGGGGACGACACACUUGAAUACGGGAAACCACAGUACACAGAGGCAGACGUUAUCCCUUGCACUGGAGAAGAGCCAGGUGAAGCCAAAGAGAGGGAGGCGCUCCGAGGUGCUGUUUUAAAUGGUGGCACACCCAGUACUCGAAUAACGCCGGAGUUUUCUAAAUGGGCCAGCGAUGAAAUGCCCUCAACGAGUAAUGGUGAAAGCAGUAAACAGGAAACCAUGCAGAAGACCUGUAAGAACAGUGACAUUGAAAAAAUUACAGAAGACUCUGCAGUGACAACAUUUGAAGCACUAAAGGCUCGUGUCCGUGAGUUAGAAAGGCAGCUUUCCCGUGGGGACCGCUAUAAAUGUCUCAUUUGCAUGGACUCCUACACAAUGCCCCUGACUUCCAUUCAGUGCUGGCAUGUGCACUGUGAAGAAUGCUGGCUGCGGACUCUGGGUGCCAAGAAGCUCUGUCCCCAGUGCAACACCAUCACAUCCCCCGGAGACCUUCGGCGCAUCUACUUAUGAAGGACACAGCAGGAGGGCGGCUCUCAGCUCAGCGCAGCGCACCCACGGGGAGAGGAAAAAAAAAAAAAAAAAGGAAAAAAAAAAAAAAGAAAGACGUUUUAAAAAC